AUGUCAAUGUUCACCAUGUCACAACAUCAAUACUACGCGGCUCCCGCUCCCGCACCCAGAGCUUACUCCGGCCACGGCACAAGCAGCGCAUUCAGCAGCUCCGCCAACCCGGACGAAGACUGGACCAAGAUUUCCGACCUCGCUGAGCGCCGGAGGAUCCAGAACCGCAUUGCCCAGCGCAACUACCGCAAGAAGCUCAAGAGACGCCUGGAAGACCUCGAGAGACGCGCCGGACAGGAGGGCUCGACCACCACCGAGAAGCAGUCGCAACCCAAGAGCACAAAGUCCAAGUCGCAAUCUUCUACCAAGACGCAAAAGCCCGCCGCACCGACAAAGGUUAUCAACCAGGGCCAGUUCACUCCCCCGAUGCACUCUGAAGACGACAUCCUCUUCGCACAAGCAGCCUACGACGACGGCCGCGAAAGAUCAAACACCCCUCCUCUUUUCGCCUACACCACCUACCCGCCUCCGGAGGAGAUGCUUCUUGCUCCCGCCUACACCACUCAGCCCUACCCCAUGACCACCGCCGACACAUACCCCGCCUACAUGGCAGCGGUGCCGGUGACGCUCCCGCCGAUGAACCAUUUCAACGACGCCAUCAAGCGCGAGUCGUACUCCAGCGACGACGGCCUUUCUCCCUACAUGAACUACGGAUACAUGCCCGGUAUCGAUAUGAACGCGCCCGCUUCCUACGACCCCUCGAACCCUCAUACUCCUCCGCUCUCACACUCCUUCGACCACUCGGCCAACUGCUCCGACGCUGGCUACGAGUACCCGACAACGCCUUUGUCCAUGCCGGGAUCUCCUGGCUUGAUUCAAUAA